UUGUCACGUUACGUUUUAUCGGAAUCUAUUAAUUGUAUCACCGCAUCUCUAGUUCCUACAUAUUUAACGAGGAUAUAGAGUGCAAAUGGCGGGAAUUUAGCACGUGCCCGUUGCUUAGCGGCAGAACGUCAACAAAGCUCCGAGGGCAAACAUGGCACAGCUAUAAGGAAAAAUGACAAGUUUUUGACAUCACUCGACUAUCAUACCGGCCAAAUUCUUUCGAGGAAACAAACCGCUUAAUAAUCAUCCGUUAUAAGUUUCGUAAAGUUAUACGUCACGAGUAAAGUUAUUCGAAUUAACAGAAAUGACAAGAUGCAUGAAGUUAAUUUAAAGAGCAGCGGUGAGUGUAUUCAUUACGUCGAUGAUCGAUAUACGGAUGUCUAAUCUAAUACUGCAUGUCGCCACAGCGUAUAAUCCAACGGGACAGAAUUAUUUCGAGCAACUGGCAGCGUACAACUCGAUGAGCCAACAUCUGCGACGGAUUUUACUGGCGAAGAGCGUGAUCGACACGAGGAACAAGAGUUACAUGUGCAGAAGGAGCAAAAGAAGUAAGCCAGCCGCCGAAAGAAGAAUUUACUCACUCCCGGAAAUGACGGACGACAUAAUCGACAGACUAGCUUACGAUACUCGGCAUCAUCCAAUGGACAUAUUAAGAAUGAAGUCGAAUGGGGAAUGUCUGGGUUGUUUCUCUCGUGAUGUGGACCAUCGUCAGUCGAGAAACUGCGGUCGACCGUGUUGCAAAGCAAACAGUCAAGUGUUUCGUCGACAACGAUUAACGUCGAGGAGCCAACGAUCGGCGUCGCCCACUGCAGCGUCGAAACGUAAAAAAUUCAUAUCUAAUGCAAUUUACGAAAAGGAAUGCAAAACCGCACGGAAGAGUCUUUACGCGGCUGACUCAUCCGCAAAUUUUCCGCAACGGAGUUUCUCUUUUCUUCGUCCUCGUAGAGAAAGAAAAUUUAAAGACGAGACGGAUACGGUCUUCGUUCCUUGCACGACUGCUACUUUAGACCCGACAAGAGUCAAAACGACGUGUCAUUCUCCGACGCGAGAAGUGAUCGACCGUCGCUCGGUGUCGUCGAGGACCUCGCGAAGCCACGAUGAUUCUCAUCACGACGACAAAGUCGUCGAGCGACUUGCUUGUCAGAGAGAGGACGAGAAGAAGUACAUCAAUUUCGUCUACGACAUCACCAGAGAGAUCAUGCAGGGUGGCCUCUAUACCGAUAAGGAGCUGCAGGAUGUGUUCAAGAAGCACCUCGAUAAAAAUAAGGGAAUUUUGAGUAUGAAUAGAAUGUUAUAUGAGAUCUACCAGCUGAAGAGCUCUUUGAACAUCCCGGACGAGGAAUCGGACAUGGACGAAGAGCUGGAGGACCUGAUCCACGCGCAAAAGCUGCUGCACAUCUCCGAGAUUCGACCGCCCACGCCGCCGAAGGUGCUGAACGAUAACAAAGUGAUGGAGAAGCUGCAGGCUUAUCAGCAAGCGAUGGACGCUCAGGACAGGCAGCCGAGCAACGCCGCUGGGAAAACUGUGGUUCUGGUCGACGCGAAUCCUGAGCUGCUUGUCACGGAGCGAGACGUGCUGAUAUCGCUGAUGGAAGCGGGCAUAGAUCCCAAGCAGGCGCAAUACGUCUGCAAGAGUCUGUUUUACAAGAGUAAGGACACGAUCCUCGACGAAACGAUCCAAGUAGAAGCGGAAGUUUCGCACCUCUCGGUCUCGCAACCGGCGAGCUACGAGUCGCGAGACGGCGACAGGCAGACCUCGCACGCAGUCCCGAUGGCCGAGAGCAUUUGCUACUCUGUCGAAAAUGGUCCGGUCGUUGGCACGGUGGAACAAGAAGCUGGCCCUUCCGCGUCGGAUCUCGUAGCCACGCAAGAGGAGACGGUAGAAACGGUUCAAUCGGAAGCGGAAGCUUCGUAUUCCUCGGACUCGCAGUUUGAGAAGUCAGAGGGGUCACCAAACGACGACAGACAGACCUCUCCCACGGGCGAAACGGCUGAGAGUUCUAGCGCGAAUUCUGCGAAGGAUGAUGAUUCGGCCAGUCCCUCGGGGAAACAGGAAGCCGCCUCUUCAACAUCGAACCUCGUGUCCACGCAAGACGAGACUAUAGAAACGGAAAACAGCGAGUCCCAGACAGUGUCAGACGGUCUCAAGAUCAGAUCUUCAUCUCUUCAAGGAGAGGAAUGACUUGAAGCGCUUAUGCGAAGCGGCACCAGCCGGAAACCAGAUUAAGCAUUUUCCGACAGCCUCGAAUAUUUUCUGUUGCCAUACUUGUUGUUAAAAAAUACCCACUCUCCCAUUAUAGCUACGGUUUAGCC